UACAUCCUGAUAUAGUAUGGCAGAGUUACUCCUAGAUCCCAACAUCCGGUUGUAUGUCUUCAUACCCAUCGUUAUGAUAUGUCUCUUUGUUGGGCUGAUCAGACAUUAUGUGACUAUUCUGUUGGAGAGUGACAAGAAAACUGUACUCUCACAGGUAGCAGAUACCCACUUACUACGUCGUGCACGUCUGUUACGAGAGAACGGUAACCACAUUCCUAGGGAUGCCUUCAUGAUGAGGAGACAAUACUUUAACGGCGCUAACGGGGUACUGAAAGUAGAGAAGACAUCUCCAGCUGCCGCUAAUCCCAUGACGGAUCCCUCAAUGAUGGCUGACAUGAUGAAAGGUAAUUUGACAAAUAUGAUUCCAAUGGUCGUGAUUGGAGGAUGGAUUAACUGGACCUUCUCUGGCUUCGUCACUACCAAGGUGCCGUUUGCUCUUACCCUCCGUUUUAAAGACAUGUUGCAAAGAGGUGUCCAGUUGACCACUCUUGAUGCUAGUUGGGUCAGCAGUGCUAGUUGGUAUUUUAUCAACGUCUUCGGUCUCCGCAGCAUCUACUCCCUGUUCCUGGGGCCAGAUAACGAGGCUGACCAGAGCAUGAUGAUGGCAACUCAGAUGACUGCUCCUGGAGCACCUCCUGAUAUGAAGAAAGCCUACAAGGAGGAGUGGGAGGCUCUCGAGGUCCGGAAUCACAGAUGGGCGUUAGAGAACAUAACAGACCAUAUACUAUAUAAAAACAACUCCGUCGACUCUAGCUACCAAAUAGCACAGAAAGCACUGUAACGUAUGACAUAUAGUCAGGAACAUUCCAAACAGUGGGAACAUUCCAGCCGAGGAAUGGUGGGAAUGUUAGCACGCAGGGAACUGUUCUCCACCACGAAGACGAACCUCUGUUUAAAUUUGCUGAGAGUUUUAUAUUAUAUUUGAAUUUAAAUGCUCUUGUUUUUCUUUACAUUUUCCGUUUGUUCUGUAAAGCGCCCGUCAUUAAUGUGAACGGAUUAAAAGCUAGAGGUCACUUGAUAACAAAAGUUACAACAGGCUAUAUCUUCAUAUUUAAACUUUCGUUUAAACUGAUAAGCUUCUGCUCCACUUGUGCCAGAUUUAUAGAUGUGUUUCAGAAGUCAAAUGUCAAUAGAAACCCAAACUCCUAAGAUUUAAUGAACACUAAAUGUUCAUGAUUAUGAUUAAAACGACUUUAAACUUAUUUGUUCGUAAAUUUGUCAAUGUUUCCAUGUAUAUCAUAUGAAUUUAAGAAAAUACAAUUUGACAAUUAAAAUAUUAAACUCGAAAUAACAUACUGUUGUUCAGUUAAAUCUACACUAAUUUAUAUAUCGCGAUCUCUAACCCAGAUCAGCUGAGAGAUAACUGCUCGUGUUAUCUUUUUUCUGCCAAGUUGCCUUAGUUAGAUCCAAGUAUGUACAUGGGCUAUAAUAUUUAUAAUUUCACGAUUUGACUCUGUUUGUGUUACUCGCUUUAAAUCUUUACCAAUGGUAUACUAUAUUAUUAUAAUCUAUUAUUUAAUUAUA